AUGUCACUGCGAAUAGCGGCUCUAAGAGCUGCUCGACCCACCCUCUCUCGGUCAUCUCCCCGGACCACCGCCAGCACCUUUGGUCAAAUGAGUAAGAGAGUUUACUCAACUCCUACGUCAAACGCAUCUCGAUCUCAAUGGAAGUCUCUUGCGGGUUCUGCUGCAGUAGGCUUCACAGGGGCGAUUUUGUAUAACGUCGUAGCGAGCUAUAGGGAAUCCAGGACGGUACAAUGUGAUGGCGUACCUGCUGUUGAAGCUAUUGAGACUCAUGGUUAUCCAUGGGAACCUGUGAACGCUAUAGAGAAAGAUGAUCCGAAGAAUCCGAUGCGUAUACGUAUGGCGAAUUGGGUGAAAUCAUUACAAGAUCAUAUAGUGAAUACGAUGGAAGAGAUUGAAUCUACUUCAUCACCCAAUUCAUUUUCACCUUCACCUGAACCACCUAAAUUCUUGAGAGAUUCAUGGAUUAGGAAAGAAGGUGGAGAAGGAUCAUCAUGUGUCUUAUCAGGAGGUAGAAUAUUUGAGAAAGCAGGUAUAAACGUUUCUGUCGUCCAUGGUUUCUUACCACCCAAAGCUCAAAUGGCAAUGUUACCUGAUCAUCCUUCAUUACCACCACCAACAGAAACAGUUCCAUUCUUCGCGACGGGUUUAUCCAUCGUAAUACAUCCCAGAAAUCCACAUGUUCCCACAGUCCAUCUGAAUUAUAGAUAUUUCGAAAUUGAAGAUCCGCUAAACGCAAAUACACCUAAAGCUUGGUGGUUCGGCGGUGGAUCAGACUUGACUCCAACAUAUCUUGAUCCUGAAGACUGUAUACAUUUUCAUGGAGAACUUAAAAAAGCAUGCGAUAAACAUGAUGAGAGGUAUUGGAAAGAUUUUAAGAUCGCUUGUGAUAAAUACUUUUAUAUAAAUCAUAGAGGUGAAUCAAGGGGUGUUGGUGGUAUUUUCUUUGAUGAUUUAACCACUUCCUCUCCAAUCAAUCAACCUCCAGUAUCAACAAUGCCGCAUAAAUCACAAGAUGACUUGUUCGAAUUCGUCAAAUCUGCAAGUGGUGCUUUCUUACCUGCUUAUGUACCUAUAGUGUACAAACAGAAAGACAGGAAAUGGACCGAAGAGGAAAGAAGGUGGCAACAAUUGAGAAGAGGUAGAUAUGUCGAAUUCAAUUUGGUUUAUGAUAGAGGUACAAAAUUCGGUUUACAUACCCCUGGUGCUAGAAUAGAGAGUAUCUUGAUGAGUCUGCCCGAAACCGCUCGAUGGGAAUAUAUGUGUCCAUUAGGUACAGAAGGAUCCGGCACUCGAGAAGCAGAGUUGAUAGAUGUGUUGAAAAAUCCUCGAGAGUGGGUAUAG